GUCAUGCAUUCAGUGUGCACGACUCCUGUACUGUACACGAAGCACAGGCUGCGCAUGCAUACGGCGGACGGACGUUCGGUGAUGCGAACGGUACGGGCCGGUUAAUUCUAGCCCACAAAAAUCACUUGUCUCUUUUAAAUACCUGCUGUAAAAAGUGAACAUGGGUAAAGACAAGUACGAAGGAGAUAAUGAAAAUGCGGAUAGGAGUGAUGCCCCUCCACCGGGGAGAACAGAGUCCAAAAAGUUUGGAAAGUGCAAAAAGUACGAUCCAUCCUUCCACGGGCCAAUAGAAAACAGGAGCUGUACAGACAUAAUAUGCUGCAUCCUCUUCAUUGCAUUUUUUAUCGGCAUGAUUGUUGUUGGUGGUUUAGCGUGGUACCAAGGAGACCCUCUGACUCUCAUCUAUGCGACAGAUUCCAUGGGGAAUGUUUGUGGUCAGUCACCAGGAUAUGAAAAUAAGCCCAACCUGUUUUACUUUGAUCUGCUGGAGUGUUUCACUAAUCCGACAACUACCAUACUGGAGUUUGGAUGCCCCUCACCCAAGGUGUGUUUAGAGAUGUGUCCGUCCACAACCUUUGCUCCUUACACACUGUUGUUGGCAGGAAGCUUGCCUGUGUCCAUACCCAUCGGGGAUUCCUUGUGGGACAAGUUCAUCUGCCUGGAUAACUUUGACCCAAUGAUGGAGUACAACAAAGAUGGAGGACAGUACUCUGGUCCAGAAGGUUUGCAGAGGAUGUUUGAAGACAAGAAAUGUGCAGCUUAUUACAUUCAGAGCGAACCAUAUGCGGACAGAUGUAUCCCAGCAUUCCUGGUCAACAGCAACGCAUCGGCUGGCGACAUCCUGUCCCAGGGGCUGGACCUGAUCAGAAUGGUGGGCGGAGACAGCCUGACAAAUGACACCCUUGUCAGCAGGUUGCUGACGGCUGCUGAAAACUUCUUGGACCUGCGUUCCCUGCUGAGUGUGGUGUACCAAGACUUUGUGUCCUCAUGGUACAUCAUCUUAAUUGGCUUGUCGGUGGGCAUGGUUCUGGCCUUGCUGUGGAUCAUUAUCAUGCGUUGGCUGGCUGGCGUCCUGACCUGGCUCAGCAUCUUGGCUCUCUGGGCAAUCCUUGGUGCAGGAAUCUACUGUUGCUGGCAGCAGUACGUGUUUCUGGAGGAUGUGAAGUCCGGGAGCACGACCAUGUCGAUGUCGGGGAGCGGUACUCAGACCGGUGCCCUGAGCAGCAGCGACGUGUCGCUCUUCAUCUCCAGCCUGUCGGGCUUCCUGCGCCUGCAGACGACAUGGCUCGCAUUUGGUAUCGCUUUAUCCAUUCUUCUGCUAAUCAUUGUCCUGGUGACGCUGUGUUUGUGUAACCGCAUCCGCAUUGCUGUACAAUUGAUUAAGGAGUCUAGCAGGGCCGUGGGCUCCAUGUUGUCGACGUUGUUCUGGCCGAUCGUUCCCUUUCUCCUACAAGUCCUCAUCAUUGCCCUGUGGGCCACAAUCGCUGUUUUCUUGGCGACCUCCCACCAAGCCAAGUAUGUCGUGUACAAUGCGCCGUCAAAUUUUGCAUUGGCAAACGAUUCAGAUUGUAAGCCCGACGAUUUUCUGCCGGAUGGCAAGUACUUCAACAUGACAGCAUCCUGCAUGUUCGUGUCCUACAUGCUCCCCGCCUAUGUCACCUACUUGCAGUUCUACAACCUCUUUGGCCUCUUCUGGCUCACCGAGUUUGUGGCAGCCUUGGGCCAGGUCACCUUGGCCGGGGCCUUUGCCUCGUACUACUGGGCCUACCACAAGCCUCAGGACAUCCCCACACUGCCCUUGUGGGGUGGGUUCUACCGCGCUUUCAGGUAUCAUCUUGGCUCCAUCGCGUUUGGGGCUCUCAUCAUUGCAAUCAUUAAGAUAAUCCGAGUCCUGCUGGAGUACGCUGAAGUACAGCUUAAAAAAGGCAAGGAGAACAAGAUCGUCCUCUUCAUCCUGAAGUGUCUCAAGUGUUGCUUCUGGUGUCUGGAGAAGUUCAUGAAAUUCCUGAACAAGAACGCCUACAUCAUGAUUGCCAUUUACGGCAAGAAUUUCUGCCGCUCGGCACGGGAGGCAUUCUUCCUACUCAUGAGGAACAUCAUCAGGGUUGCUGUCAUCAAUAAGAUCACCGACUUCUUGAUCCUGCUGGGUAUCCUCUGCAUCACGGCCGGCGUCUCCGUAGCAGCAUUCUUCUUCUUUACCAACCAGAUCACCUGGGCGUCGAACAUCCUGGACGUGCCUGAUGUCAAUUACUACUGGAUCGUUAUCAUCGUGAUUGGGCUGGGCGUGUACGUCAUCGCCAAGUGCUUCUUCAACGUCUUCGACAUGGCGGUGGACACCCUCUUCCUCUGCUUCCUGGAGGACCUGGAGCGGCACGAUGGCUCGGCAGAGAAGCCCUACUACAUGUCCAAGGCCAUGAUGAAGAUCUGUGGCAAGAAGAACAAGUCCAAGCCCGUGACGGACAAUGAGGACGAGGACGAAUGCGAGUGGUAGGACCUCUUUGCAAAACACAGGCAGUGAUGUAACUACGGGGGCUACGUACCCCCCAACAAGGUCCAUUACCCCCCCAAGGUGCCUCUUCCCCAUCUGAAAGUCUGAAAUGUACACAACCUCAUGUACACUCCGUAGUUCAUCAACUUUGGGGUGCCCUCAGGGAAAAAUGUGUGUACCUUGGGUUCCCCCUUCAAGUAAAACCACUGAGAGCAAAAAUAAUUUCUUAGAAAAAAAAAAGUAACCGGCUAGUAGGCCACAGCAUAUUGCUCAUGACUGGUGCCGUGCUAAUUGUUUGCUCGGAAUCCAUGUCGCGUCAGUCCAAGUAGGGAGUAUUUUUGUUGGAUAUGUCCUUUUUGUCCUAAAGUUAGGGCUCAAGCUGACUUUUCUUAAUUGUUCUUGGAAGCAAGUGUUUUACACAUUGGUUUGUUUUAUUUAAAAAGAGCUUCUGUACUGUUUUUAGGCUUGUUUGUAACAGGAUUUUUGAGUCAGGAGCCUUGUUUUUGUUUUGCUUGGAACUCGUUCAAAGGGAUGGGGGACAUAGGUAGAGAACUGUUUACAUGUAUAUGUUGGAUAUAUUGGCCACUUAUCAUUUUGCUGUAAAAAUUGUAGUUUGUAAACAUGUGUAUUUGUAUUGUUUUGUGUUGAGCAAUGAGUAGAUUGUAAGUUCUUUUAACAGUAUGACUUUUUUAGUCAAAGGUGUCUAUUUUUAUAUCACGUAAUUUAAAUUUGGUAUUUUUCACAGUUAAUUCGUAUGGGUUUACGGUGGGAGGAAAUUUUUUAAAAGGAGACGAAAUUCUUUUGGGUGAUUUGGGUGAUCUGUGCACUACAGAUGUUGGAAAUCUGAAAUGUCAUCAUGGAUUCACCAAAAUCUUUAAAUGAAACAAUCAAUUGAAAUCAGUUGAAAUUCCUCUCCAACUGUAAAAGUAUCAGGUUAUUAUGUAACAUAUUUGAACAUCUUUCUUGCUGUUUUACAUGGAACUGUUGACAUAUUCCUGAUUCUAAAACUGGCAUUUCUAACGUUCAUGCAAUGGUAUUUUUCAACCUUUUGAGCUUGUAAAGAACAUUUCAGCAUUCUGUCUCCUUCCUUGAGGCAAAAUGAAAACCUGCCAUAACACGUCUUUAAUGUUUCAUUCUGGAAGAUAGUACCUGAAAAAGGCGUUCUCAGAUAGCAGGAAUAAUAUAUUUGCAGUGCUUUCAUUCAUUAUCAGAAUGUCUGUAAAUUCAGCAAUUAGGCAUUGUUGGUGUAGAAAUGCAUGCAUUUUGAGCUGAGAAGAAUCUGUCAAACUUUCCUUAAGUACAAAAAUGUGAGUGCAAACUGAAUGUAGAGAAUUUUAGCUCAGGUGAAUGGGUGACGUGAGGCAGUUUGGAAAGGCGUUUUUUUUUUAUCAAUGCCGGGAGGGAGUGUGUCAUGUAACCAUUACCACGUAAUUGCCUGUAUUUUAACACUGAUAUCUGUUGUGUAUGGCAGUUGGUCAGUUCAAUUCAAUACAUGUACCUGAGAAUGAAAUUCGCAAUAAGAAAAAUUGCCUCGGCUGAAAUUAGGGAAGGAUGACCAACUGUUGUGAACAUUCAUCAAGUAUCGUGCAAUUCAAGCACAUUUUUUCCUUAUUUGACUUGCUUUGCACUUUCAUGUUUACUCUUGGGUAAAUUUCUGGGGAUGUCUGUUGCAUCAAGUAAACCACUUCACUUUUCAUGGGAAAAAUUUCUCCACCCCUGAAAACCCAUCAUAUGCCCACAAAUCUCAUAAACAUCCAUAAGGUGAUCUUAAAAGUGUUGAUUUGAGAUGUAUGUUGCUCUCUGUUGUGCUCCAGGCUUGACUAUUGCCUCUCUAUCAAAAUCCAAGUCAGAAAGCAACCAACAAUUUCCAGCAAAACCCUUCUAACUCUUCCAUCCCCCAACUGAUCCCACCAGAAACCUUAUCUUCACUAGAAGAUAUCAGUGGAGCGAUUGCUUACUCUACCAAGAUCUAUCAGAAACUCCAGAACUGAACUAGCUUCCUACCAUUAUGCACUUAUUCUUGAGUAAAUCAGGGGAAUUUCAAUGCAAUGUAAUUACCGUUUUUGUCAAUUUCUGUGUCGUAUGGCGGUAGCGUUUGUCUCUGUAGAUUGUUAACAAAGGGUUCAAGAAAGGCUGAUGUUUUAUCAUUUUGUGUUGCGUAUUUCAAUCACACAUGUACAUGUAUUUGUCAAUGUUCUCAGGUGUUUAAAUACAAUAUCGUAUGUGGAGCCAGUUUAUACAUACCAACUCGUGCCUUUGCCAAUGCAUGCUUUUGUCAACCCUUAAAAAAUCCUCAGAAUUUACUCCGUUAUUUGUGCUUCAGCAGACACCAGAUAUUUAGGCUGCAUUUUCCGAUUUUUUUUUUGUUCCACUAUUUCAUGCUUUUUAUCCUUGGAUUAUAGAAACAAAUUGUUGACAAAAAUGAAGGCGACUUGUACUAAUUAAAACUCUGGAAAGUUCCAUGCACUCAGUUAUACCGUAUUUGUGUUUAGUCUUCUUCAAAGACAUGUUAAAAACCAGACAGAUCUUGUAUCAAAUUCAUCCCAAAUUGCGUGGGAUUUCAGUAUCAUCAGUGGCAAUAAACAUUUCCAAUUAGCAAAGCUGCGAGUGAGCACUGGCAGAGAUGGCCUUUUCCCCCGUAUGUAAUCAAAUCUAUAUUUUCACAUUUCGUAUAAUCUAUGUAUAUUUUAGUCAAUCCAAUCUGUCUAUAUCAUAUGCUGUAGCACCAGUGUCGUCUGUGUAUUUUGUGAUCGGCUUUUUAAAUUUCAGUACUUAAAAAUGUCUUCUGUUCUCACAGAUAUUUAUAAAUAUGAACAAUAAAGCAACGAAAACUUCAAA